GGGAUGGUCUUGAGCUCAGCUGUAUUUGUGAAAUUUGGAAGCUUCAUGAUCUCUGUAAUAGACAAGCACAAGCAUUGAGAAGUUAAAACUGGCUAUGAACAAAUUAAAUUCAAGAGUUUUGAAUUUUUCCCACAAGGCUAAUCAAUUCAAGCACAAAGAGUUAGCCCAUCUCAUCCACAGCAUUGUGGAUUCAACCCAGUCUAAGUUCCAGGCGAAUUUACUCCUGAAUGAUUUGUCUAAGUCUGGUCGACUCGAUGAAGCCCGCCAGCUGUUCGAUAAAAUGCCGAGUAGGGAUGAGUUUUCUUGGAACACCAUGAUAGCUGCUUAUGCCAAUUCAGGAAGGCUAAAUGAAGCUAAACAACUAUUUGAUGCGAUCCCAAGUAAAACCCCCAUCACUUGGUCUUCACUCAUAUCUGGGUAUUGUCGAAAUGAGUGUGAAAGUGAAGCUUUUGUAUUGUUUUGGCAAAUGCAGCUUGAGGGACACAGGCCGAGCCAGUACACGUUGGGCAGUGUCCUAAGGUUGUGCUCAACAUUGGUUUUGCUCCAAAGUGGUGAACUUGUUCAUGGGUAUGUGAUAAAGACCCAGUUUGACACUAAUGCCUUUGUCGUCACGGGUCUGGUUGACAUGUAUGCAAAGUGCAAGCGCAUUUCGGAAGCUGAAUAUCUCUUUGAGACUCUGCCAGACAGAAAAAAUCACGUGCUGUGGACUGUUAUGCUUACAGGGUACUCUCAAAAUGGUGAUGGUUUUAAGGCAAUGAAGUGUUUUCGGGACAUGCGAGCUGAAGGGGUUGAAUCCAAUCAGUUUACAUUCCCUAGCAUAUUGACAGCUUCUGCCUUAAUUUUGGCGAAUAGUUUCGGGGCUCAGGUGCAUGGAUGCAUUGUUCAGAGUGGUUUUGGGGCAAAUGUGUUUGUCCAAAGUGCAUUGGUUGAUAUGUAUGUGAAAUGUGGAGAUCAUAAUAGUGCAAAGAAGGCACUAAAAAGCAUGGAGGUUGACGAUGUCGUUUCUUGGAACUCCAUGAUUGUUGGGUGUGUAAGGCAAGGGUUUACAGAAGAAGCUUUGUCCUUGUUUAAAGAAAUGCGUUCGAGAGAACUGAAGAUUGAUCACUUUACUUAUCCAUCUGUUCUAAACUCCCUUGCUGCACUGAAGGACAUGAAAAAUGCAAUGGUGAUUCAUUGCCUGAUUGUGAAGACUGGAUUUGAGGUUUAUCAACUUGUGGGCAACGCUCUUGUUGAUAUGUAUGCUAAACAGGGAAAUAUAGAUUGCGCACUUGAGGUGUUUAAGCAUAUGUCAGACAAGGAUGUUAUCUCAUGGACCUCCCUGGUAACCGGCUAUGCACAUAAUGGCUCUCAUGAAAAAGCACUUAGAUUGUUCUGUGAGAUGAGGACAGCAGGGAUCUAUCCAGACCAAUUCGUAAUUGCCAGCGUUUUGAUUGCCUGUGCAGAGCUGACAGUUUUGGAGUUUGGCCAACAAAUUCAUGCAAACUUUAUUAAGUCCGGCCUUCAAGCAUCCUUAUCAGUAGAUAAUUCAUUUGUGACUAUGUAUGCAAAAUGUGGGUGCAUAGAAGACGCCAAUAGAGUUUUUGACUCUAUGCAAGUUCAAAAUGUGAUUACUUGGACAGCUUUAAUAGCUGGUUAUGCCCAGAACGGUAGAGGAAAGGAAUCCCUAAAAUUUUACAAUCAAAUGAUUGCAACUGGCAUACAACCGGACUUCAUUACUUUUAUUGGCUUAUUAUUUGCUUGUAGCCAUGCUGGUCUUCUGGAAAAAGGUCAAUACUACUUCGAAUCGAUGAAUAGGGUUUAUGGAAUACAACCAGGUCCUGAGCACUAUGCAUGUAUGAUUGACCUCUUGGGGCGCUCAGGGAAGCUUAAGGAGGCUGAGGCAUUAGUUAAUCAAAUGGUUGUGGAACCAGAUGGAACUGUAUGGAAGGCACUACUUUCUGCAUGCAGAGUACAUGGGAACAUAGAACUGGGAGAGAGGGCAGCAACAAACCUAUUUAAAAUGGAGCCUUUAAAUGCUGUGCCUUAUGUUCAGUUAUCUAACAUGUAUUCUGCAGCUGCUAGAUGGGAAGAUGCUGCAAGAAUCAGAAGAUUGAUGAAAUCAAAGGGAAUUCUUAAGGAGCCUGGAUGCAGCUGGAUUGAGAUGAACAGCCAAGUGCAUACAUUUAUGUCUGAAGAUAGAAGCCAUUCAAGGACAGCUGAAAUUUAUUCCAAAAUCGAUGAGAUCAUGAUGUUGAUCAAGGAAGCUGGAUACAUCGCAGAUAUGAACUUCGCACUUCAUGACAUGGAAAAAGAGGGUAAGGAGCUUGGCCUAGCGUAUCACAGUGAAAAGUUGGCUGUUGCUUUUGGGCUCCUCACCACACCACCAGGAGCACCAAUCCGAAUUUUUAAGAAUCUCCGGGUUUGUGGAGAUUGCCAUAAUGCAAUGAAAUAUAUAUCAAAGGUUUUUCUCCGGCAUAUUAUACUAAGGGAUUCAAACUGUUUUCAUCAUUUCAAAGAAGGGAACUGUUCUUGUGACGACUAUUGGUAGAAGGUUCAUUAGUUAACAUCAAAUGGCUGGUUUGUCGUGCUCUUCUUGAAGACCGUCAAGUGCACUUCAAAGAUGAAACUUGAAGCUGCUGAAACCCGGAUAAGCAAUAGGCCCCAAACCUAUGACAGUCAAGUGAACACCGACUUAAAUGGUAAUAUAUGAACUUUCCCAUCUCAUGCUCUUAUGUGAUGUGUUUUCUGUAAGAGCCUAACUUCUGCAUCUACAAGUGUGGCUUGCAGACUAUUGGGAAUUAUGUUCGUCAGUCGUGUAUGAGAAUUCAAACCUCUCAUGUACUGCAUAAAGAGAUCUCCUCCUCAUCCAAUUGUCUUAGAUAAUGCAAACCAUUUUCUACCUCCAUCAAAUCAGCUCAUCAGGAUUCUGAAUCACUACACCUUGAGUACAGGAUUUCUUGAAAAUACAGGAUCGGAGAUUCUAAUAAGACUAUGAACAUGCGGAAAUAUAUUGUUUGUUGUAUGUAAUAUUCCAUCCAGAAAGCGGAGCUCUUAACAAUUUCAAAUUCAAAAACCAUUUUGUAGUUCUAUGUCUAUCUGAGAUUUAAGCCUCUUCAGAAACCUCUUACAUCAUAAGCCUCUUCAGAAAUUCGAGUACCUUGAAAGUGACUGGCAGCUGCUAAUCUCAAAGCUUAAAGAACCUCAAUGUGACUUCCUAGCAAGAUCGGGCUAUUUUGGAAGAGCAGGCUGUGAAGGUAAAUGGCCCAGAGAAAUCAGUUGCGGCCCAGCUGCAGAGCUGCAAAUAGCCUUUGUUGAUCUCUAUUUUUGUGGUGCACUCAGGUAGGGACGAAAAAUAUUUAUUUGUUUCACUCUAAAUUCAAUGACCUAUAAUAUAGAGGUA